AUGAGGCAGCGCCCGCUUCUGUUGCACCGGGCGGCGCUGGCCACGCUACUCUGCCUGUGCGCGCUCCCCGCCCCGGCGCGGUCCCAGAGCGCCUCCGCUAAUCCCGCGCCGGCCAGCGUGCAGGGAUUCAACUGCUCCGCCAACACCACGUACCCGUGCCAGGCCUACGCGCUCUACCGGGCGGCCUUCGGGGCGGACCUCUCGGCCGUCGGCGACCUCUUCGGCGUCAGCCGCUUCAUGCUCGCGCACGCCAACAACCUGUCCACCUCCUCCGCGCCGGCCAGCGGGCAGCCGCUGCUCGUGCCGCUCCAGUGCGGCUGCCCCUCCGGGUCCCCCAACGCCUACGCGCCCACGCAGUACCAGAUCAGCUCCGGCGACACCUUCUGGAUCGUCUCCGUCACCAAGCUGCAGAACCUCACGCAGUACCAGGCCGUCGAGCGCGUCAACCCCACGCUGGUGCCCACCAAGCUCGAAGUCGGGGACAUGGUCACCUUCCCCAUCUUCUGCCAGUGCCCCGCCGACAACGCCACCGCGCUCGUCACCUACGUCAUGCAGCAGGGCGACACCUACGCCUCCGUCGCCGCCGACUUCGCCGUCGACGCCCGGUCGCUCGUCGCGCUCAACGGGCCCGAGGGGGGCACCAAGGUGCUCUCCGAAAUACUGGUGCCGCUUCGUCGGCAGGUGCCGCAGUGGCUUCCGCCAAUCGUGACCCGCAACGACGUGUUGGCCACGCCCCCUGCGCCUUCCCCGCCGCCUUCCGCCACGCCCGCCCCAAGCGACGACCGGGGCGGGGUGGUCACCGGGCUGGCCGUCGGGUUGGGCGUCGUCGGCGGCCUUUGCUUGCUGCAGCUGCUGCUACUGGCCUGCCUAUGGAGACGGCUAAAGGCGAGUGGGCGGCGAGGGGAAGCCGUCGUGAGCGGCGAAGGCGGCAGGCCUGCCAAGAGCGCGUCCGGCGGCGUUGGAGGGGAGAAAUUCUUGGUCAGUGACAUAUCCGACUGGCUGGACAAGUAUAGGGUGUUCAAGGUCGAGGAGCUGGAGCGCGGCACCGCGGGUUUCGACGACGCGCACCUCAUCCAGGGCAGCGUCUUCAAGGCCAACAUCGGCGGCGAGGUCUUCGCCGUCAAAAAGAUGAAGUGGGACGCCUGCGAAGAGCUCAAGAUCCUGCAAAAGGUGAACCACAGCAACCUGGUGAAGCUGGAGGGGUUCUGCAUCAACUCGCCGACGGGCGACUGCUACCUGGUGUAUGAGUACGUGGAGAACGGGUCACUGGACCUGUGCCUCCGGGACCGCGCCCGCGCACGGCGGCUGGACUGGCGCGCGCGCCUCCACGUCGCCCUCGACCUCGCCCACGGCCUCCAGUACAUCCACGAGCACACCUGGCCACGCGUCGUGCACAAGGACAUCAAGAGUAGCAACGUCCUCCUCGACGCCGGCAUGCACGCCAAGAUCGCCAACUUUGGGCUCGCCAAGACCGGCCACAACGCCGUCACCACCCACAUCGUUGGCACGCAGGGGUACAUCGCUCCCGAGUACCUCGUCGAUGGCCUCGUCACCACCAAGAUGGACGUGUUCGCCUACGGCGUUGUCUUGCUGGAGCUGGUGUCCGGCCGUGAGGCCGCCGGCGACGGCGGCGAUCUGCUGUUGGCCGACGCAGAGGAGAGGGUGUUCCGUGGCCGAGAGGAGAGGAUGGAGGCGCGGGCCGCAGCGUGGAUGGACCCUGCGCUCGCAGAGCAGAGCUGCCCUCCCGGGAGCGUGGCGGCCGUGAUGAGCGUGGCCAGGGCAUGCCUGCAGCGGGACCCGUCUAAGCGGCCGAGCAUGGUGGACGUGGCCUACACUCUCUCCAGGGCGGACGAGUACUUCGCCGACUACUCCGGCGAAAGCGUGUCCGCGGAUGGUAGCGGUGAGAUCGCCGCGCGGUGA